CUAAAAGUUCAACUCUCUCUCUCUCUCGAUUUUUGUAACAAACAAAUGCAGUGAAGAGACACACCCCACACCGAAACCAGAAAUAAUCAAAACAACACUUCCUUGCUUCCACGUUCUCUUUCACUGGUCCCUUCUUCUCCUCCCUUUUCUUUUUCUUCUUCUUCUUCUUCUCAUUGAGCCAACACUAUUCACCUUCUUACACACUCUCUUUCCUUUUUUGUUUCCUUUGCUUUCUGAUCAAGAUUCGUCCUUUCUCUCUCUCUUUUCUGAAAACAAGGAUUGUCGUCCUGAAUCGCAUUCUGCACAUCUCAUUUUUCAUCUGAUGGCCAGUGAAAGUGUUGAAUUACCGAUUGUCCCAGAUGUGACUAAGUCACCUGAGGUUGGCAAAGCUAGCACUGGAAAUAGUGAUAAAAAAGUUGUUCCUCGUUAUCUCAGAGCUUCCACUGGUUCCUGCCAUGAUAUUUGUAAAUAUGGGAAGAUGCAUGAAUUUGAAUCGAAGGAAAGACGUUCUAUACCUAAUCGAGCUACAAGAAAACAACUUUACCUGAGUUCAAAAGAGAGCAUUGGCGGGAUGGUUUCCAGGCCUAAACUAUCGGUUGAUUCGAAGCCGACAAAGAUGUCAGCGGUUGUACUCAAAGAAUCCGUUGAUACCAAGGCAACAAAAAUGUCAACCGUUGUGCUCAAAGAAUCAGCUGAUUCUGAGACCCGGAUUUCUGAUGCCUUAGAGACAAACACACAUGAAGUGCCAACAAAAUCAUUUAACAGCCAAAAACAUGUCGGGAACGAAGUUAAGGUAAACACGGCGAAAACAUCAUCGGUCAAGGUCAAACCAUCACUUCUAAAGUCACAUACUUCUCCAUCAACAAGUCAUGAAAUUUCAUCAUCAACUGAUAAGGAGGUGCGGCCGCAAUCAAAAUCGACUUUUAGGAAGGUUGAAGCUCCAUCAAAACCAACUCCGAAGAAGGUGAAAACUCCAUCAAAAUCAGCUCUUGUUAAGGUGGAAACUCUAUCAAAACCAACUCCCAAGAAGGUGGAAAAUACAUCAAAAUCAACUUUCGAAGUCAAAACUUCAUCAAAAUCAACUGCCGCUGAGGUGGAAGCUGUGUCAAAAUCAAUUCUGAAAAAGGUGGAAAAUCCAUCAAAAUCAACUAUAAAAAAGGUUGAGAAUCCAUCAAAAUCAACUUCCAAAGUCAAAACCUCAUCAAAAUCAACUUCCAAGGUGGCGGGAACUUCAUCAGUGUUACCUUCUGUAAAACAUUUGACAGGUUUGAAUUCGAAUCGUGUUUCAAGGAAGAAAGUAUCCUCUAUGAAUUCCUCAGAAGGCUUUGGCGACAAAAGAAAUACUAAUAGUGAGAUCAAGAUGGAAAAGAAAGUAUCCCCCUCCAAAACAGCUUCAUCAAGAAAACUAAUAGCACCUAAAAAAACUUUAUCCUCUCCAAGACCUUCCCUUAAAAGAGUUGUAAGUCUAAAUUCAAUAAAGCAUAAGGGCUUAAAAACCGCGUCUAAUCUCAGGAAUAAAAAAACUGUCAGAAAAGUUGAACUCGAGGAAAAUAACAACGUGGUAGAGGAAAAGACUUUGUACGUCAUCAAGACAGAAAGCAAAAACAAAACUUUGAAAUGCGAUCAAAACGCAAGCUACGACGAUGAAUUGUACCUCCCUCAGUUGGCCACACCUAAGUCUUCAUCAUCAUCCUUAAUUUCUCAAUGCUUAUCCGAAAAAGACCAAGACGAAUCUGAAUAUACAACUAGUGAGUUUGAGGUGGAUUCUUUUUCAGGAAACUGCGAUAUCGAAUGCCUUGAAAAUGAGGGGAUUUCGGAAGUUGCGAAGAAAGGCAAGCCGAGGAAGGAAGCUGAAGACAAGGACUCUGAAAUGAUAAAGUUAAAGUUCAGAAGAGGGAAAGUUGUCGAUAAUCAAAUCGAGAAAAAUACUACAAGGAGGCUUAAAUUUAGGAGAGGGAAAACGUUAGCGGAGAAAGCAAAUGAUAAAGAUGAUGGACAAAGGAAAAGCUUUAAAAAAAGAGAUGAAACUAGUGAGAGCAAAAGUGGUACUACAAAUCAAGAGAAAGUUGUUUUGAGGCAUCAAGAUAUGCAGGACAAGAAAGAUUCACAAGGAUUGCUUAAUAAUGUGAUUGAGGAAACAGCAAGUAAACUUGUUGAAGCUAGGAAGAGCAAAGUUAAAGCAUUGGUUGGUGCUUUUGAAACUGUUAUCUCUCUUCAAGAGAAAAAACCUUCUGCAAACACUGGCACUUGAUGAAUGAACUCAAUUUGGAUGAACUUUGUUUUGUUUUUGUAAAUAAAUGGUUAGGAAAAUAAGCCUUAGCUUGAAGGGAAUGCAAAGUAGAGGUAUAUUUUGCCUUGAAUUGUUCCUAGAAGCUCUGAUUAUAGAGUUGAAAUGAGAGAUUUUGUGUUUGGAACUUGUCUUACUUAACUUGAAUCAUAUACUUUUCUGAUUAAAUACCUCUUUUGUUUUGUUUUUAGCAUCAUAUCAAUAAACUUGUAUGAUAUGAUGCUCUAGAAUAUGCAUACUAAGUGUUGAGAGUUUGGAACCUAUUUAUGAGAUGUUACCUUAUAAUAUUAUUUGGCCAUUAUUCUCAAA